AUGGGGAGGGCUAAAACCAGCUCGUCAUCGGAGUCGGACAAAGUGGAGAUCAAGAUCCAGCCUCGCUCUGACUUAAAUCCGGCGGUUGUUAUUCCACGUCCUGCUAAUCACCAGCAGAACUUCCAUCCACCACCUCAUCGUCCUCCUCAACGGCCUCGCAGUCAUCGGCUUUUCAAGAAAUGGAUCCCUUGGUUUGUCCCUACCAUUGUUCUUGUCAACGUUGCCAUCUUUGUCUACGCAAUGUACCUCAAUGAUUGUCCCCGCAACUCUGAGAAUUGCAUAGGGAGGUCCCUGUUGGACCGGUUUGCUUUCCAGAGCACCAAAGAGAACCCCUUGCUCGGUCCCUCCGCUGCUACACUGCUGAAACUGGGGGCUCUAGAUGUCAAGAGCGUGGUUGAUGGACACCAGGUGUGGCGGUUGGCCUCUUGCAUGUGGCUACAUGCCGGGGUGUUCCAUGUUCUUGCCAAUAUGUUGAGUCUCAUCUUUGUUGGCGUUCGGCUAGAGCAGGAGUUUGGCUUUGCGCGCAUUGGGCUGGUGUAUGUAAUAUCUGGAAUUGGUGGAAGUUUAUUGUCUUCUUUGUUUGUGAGGACAACCAUCUCAGUUGGUGCCUCCGGGGCAUUGUUUGGUUUACUUGGCGCCAUGCUUUCUGAACUCCUCAUAAAUUGGACGAUAUACGAGAACAAGUGUGCAGCCCUGUCGACUCUCGUCCUCAUCAUCAUUAUCAAUCUAGCAGUUGGAAUCCUCCCUCAUGUGGACAACUUUGCACAUCUUGGAGGAUUUGUGACGGGAUUUUUACUUGGAUUUAUUCUCCUAAUCCGUCCUCAGUUUGGAUGGGUAAACCAAAGAAAUGCUCCUCCAGGUUACUAUAGCAAAAACACGUCCAAGUACAAAGCAUAUCAGUACAUAUUCUUGAUCCUCGCUCUGCUACUACUCAUUGCAGAAUUUGCCGUCGGCCUGGGCCUGCUCCUGGGAGGCGCUGAUGGGAAUGAUCACUGUCAUUGGUGUCACUAUUUGAGCUGCAUCCCUAGCCCUUUUUGGGCUUGCGGACCAGUCCGUUGCUCGUCGAGCCAACUGCAAAACCAGGUGAAUAUGACAUGCUUGUCAAACCAUAAAAGUGGUUUUUACACAUUGCAAAAUCCAAACAAUACAGCAGAACUUCAGAGGCUUUGUACUGUGCUUUGUCAUUGA